AUGGAUAAUAAAAUGUUUUUAAGAAGAUCAUCACGUUUGAGCCAGAAUUUUGAUGAUAAUAGUAGGAACCGUGAUUUGAUAGAAAAAGGGGAUGGUAGUAAUAUGGUAAAAAAACAGAUGACACGUGAGAGGAGAAAAAGUAUUUAUAAGGAUAAAGAUGAAAGUUUAUUAAGUACUGAUGAAAAUAGUUCAACAAAUGAUAGUGAUUAUACAUUAAGCGUUAAUGAUGAUGAUUCAUCUGUAGGUAACAGAAGAAAAUAUAAUAAAGAAAAUGAUAAUAAUAAUAAUAAUAAUAACAGAAAUGAUCGUAGAAAUAAAAAUAAAAAUAAACACAUCAAUAGUAAUAAUAAUAGUGGUGAUAAUUCUAAUGCUAUUGUUCCUUUAUGUGAGGGAAAUAAAAAUAAAGAUCGUGAAGGUAUCGAAAAUGGGAGAACUACUAAAAAUAACAACUAUGAAAAGAAUAAUUUAAAAAAUAAUAGUUAUAUUGAUAUUCUUAAUGAAGAUAUAGACGAUGAAGAUUUUGAUAUUUUUAAAAAAAGUAAAAUGGAUAGAAGUAAAAGGAUAUCAACCACUUAUAGAAAUAGUCAAUAUAAUGAUAUAAAUUUAAAAAAAAGGAAAAGUGUUUAUGUAGAAUCUAGCAAUAGUGAAGAUUCAAAUAAAAGUGAUGACGAUGAUGAAGAAUAUAUUAAUGAAGAAAGGUCACGAAAUAAUAAAAAGAAAAAGUUAAAACAAACAUAUAGUAGUACAUUUAAAAAUAAAAAGAAUUUUGUUAAUAAGAAAGUUUUUAAAAAUUUUGAAGAUUUUAAUUUAUAUGAAAAUAUAAAAAAGAAUCCAAAAAAUUUACAUGAUAUAAUUGAAGAAAUAUAUUAUAGUUUAUUUAAUAAAGAUACAAAUGAAAAAGUUAAAAUAUCUACAUUUUUUCUUAAUUUUUUAGCUGAAUGUUCAGGUAAUGAAACUUUAACAUGGACUGUUGAUAUUAUAGAUUAUAUAGAUAAACAAAUAUAUUUAUAUGAAGAUAUACCAAAUAAUAAUCAAUUACAAAAUGUUAUAAUAGGUAAUACAAUAAAUAAUACUACUCUUAGUGAUAUAAUGACACCAUCUACAGUUAGAUCUAGUAAUAAAAUAACAAACAUGGAUGAAAUUAUAAGAGAUGAAAAUAAUUUUGAAAAAGUAUGUACUUUUAAAUGUGAGAAGUUAGAACAAUAUUUAAGUGCCGAUUUAAAUACAGAUGUUUUAAUAAAAAUUAAAAAUGAAAAUAAUAAGUCAUAUAAAACAUUUUCUAACUUUUUUACUGAUUUUUCAUUCCAUUUUGAUGAAAAUUAUAUAUAUGAUAUUUUAUAUAUAUGUAUAUGGAUAUUUUCAUUAAGUGUAAGUAAAUAUAGAAAAAUACGUUUCACCUCCUCUUUGGCUAGUUUAUCUAUACUUUUAGGAUUAUGUAAAAAAAUACAUUAUAUAAAUAAUCAUGAAAGACAAUCAAGAAAGCAACUAAUGGCAGAAUAUACAAGAGAAAGAAAAAAUACCAACAAUUUAACAACAGUUGCAGCAAGAAAAAGGAAUAGUACUACCACCACCACAACAAUAACAAGGAUAAAUAAUACUACUCAUAAUAAUAGUAAUAAUAAUAAUAGUACUGUAGAAAUUAUGAGUGAUGAUCGCUCUUUAAAUAUUGAAGAUCUUAUUAAUUAUAAAAGUAAAAACGAUAACGAAUUACACAAUAUUGUUGAAAGGAAUUUAAUUAUUAGUCAAUUAAUUGAUAAUAUUAAUGAAGAUAGGAAAAAUUUAACCAUAUUAAAUAAUUUUCUUUUAUGUACAUACAAUAUAUUAUAUAAAAAUAAAAUUAAAGAUAUCUUUAUAGAUAUUAGAAUAAUAACAUUAGAAUAUUUUUAUCUGUAUUUAGAUGUAUUAACUUUAUAUUUUACUAAUAGAAAAUUUACCAAGUUAUUAAUAUGGAUUUUAUAUGAUAAGGAUAAUAAAAUAAAAAUACUAUGUUUGAAGAUUUUAAUAUAUUUAUGUAAUUAUUAUAAUAAUAGUAAUAAGAAAAAUUUCAAAAUUGUAGAAUUAUUAUAUAUGUCGAAAAAGAAAUUAUUAAAUUUAAUAUUUGAUAGUGAUUAUAAUGUAAGAAUAAAAACAUUCGAAUUAAUAUUACAAAUGAAUAAAAUGAAAAUAAAUAGAACAGAAUUUUUACAUUUUAAAAAAACAUUAAAAGAUAGAAAAAAAAAUGGAACUUAUAAUAAGAAGGAUGAUCCACAUAUAAAUGAUAAUACUUCUUCUUCUUCAGAGUAUGAAGAAGACAGUGAUCUGAAUAGCACAGAAUCAGAAAAUAUUCAAAAUAAAAAAUCUGUAGUAUUAUAUAAUGAUAAUAAAAAGAAUAAAAGAAAUAAAAAAAAUGCAGGAAAGAAAAAUAAUAAUGAUAAUGAUAAAGAGGAUGAUAUUUACGUCGUAUCUGAUAACAUGUGUAUACUUUCAACAAAAGAAAAAAAAAUUGUUAGUAAUUUGAUAUGGUUCAAUAAUAAUAAUAAAAUAUCACAGAUGAUUACAUCUUUAAUAUACGAGUCUCAAAUUAAGAACAAAAUAAAAAAUUAUGAAAAAAGAAAACAUACUUAUUUUGAUGUUGAACAUAAUGAUACUAAUAGUGAAAUAGUUAAAUAUAAUAUAAUUUAUCUGACAAAAUAUUUAAAUAAAAAUAUACCUACUGUUAAAAAUUUUGUCCAUUAUUUUGAUUAUAUGAAAAAUUAUAAUGAAAAUCUAAAGUUGUAUACAGUUAUUGAUAAAUUUAUAACAGGUAUAAGAGAAAAGCUAGAUUGUAUAAAUAGUAUUGACAUUAUAAUCGAGUUGUUAUGUGAGGAUGAUAUUUCUUUAUCAUAUAUAGGAAAAAAAAAAGAAAAUAAUAAAACAAAUGAUAAGGAAAAGGAAAUGCAAAAGGAUAAAAAUGACGUAGAAUUAUCAAAAAAAUUUAAUCAUAAUAAUAAUAAUGAUGAUGAUGAUAAUAAUAAUAUAAUAGAUGAGGAACAUAUAACACAAAAUAAUACACAAAACAGAGAACAAUCCACAUAUAUAUCACACGACUGUCAUAAAAAUAAUUCUGAUAAAGGUCGUGAUUUAAGAAAGUGCUUACUUUAUAUAUGUGAAUCGUCUUAUCGAAAUUUACAAAAUGAUAUUAAUGAAAUGGAAAAGAAUAAAAAUAGAAAAGGUACUAGUCUUUCAACAACUAAUAACAAUAUGAAUAAUAUUAAUAUUAAUGGUGGUUUGAUAACAGAUAAAAAUACACAUCAUUCAAAACUGAAUAAUGAUACAAAUAAAAUAAAAAAAAUGAUUAUAUAUACAUUUUAUAUUAUUAAAAAUAGUAAACAAUUAAUAAAAUUACAUCAAACAAAUCAAGAACACUUACUAUUAGUUUUUAAAAUUUUAAAAAUAGCUUUAUAUGAAUGUAAACAUAUUUAUAAGCAUGAAGAAAAAAAUAAUAUCUAUAAUUUUUCAAGCACCAUUAUGGAAUAUUUUAAAAAUGAUAUUGAAAGUAAUAUGAAUUAUUUCUUUAAUAAUAUCUUUAUAUAUUUAAAUGAAACAUAUGAAUAUUUAUUUUAUUUAUUAAAAAAUUUUAAAUUACCAUAUUAUUCAUCCAAAUAUACUAUGAAUAUUAUAUCAAUCUUUUUAUCAUUAAAUGAUUCACUAAAAGGUUCAAACAAAUUGUCAAGUGAUCUAUUUUUUGAUUUGUAUUAUACAUAUUUUAAUAAUUUUCUAGAGAGUUUCUUAUAUUAUCAAAAGAAUUAUAAUAUGGAAGUUGAUAGAAAUGAAGAAGAUAAUAAAGCAGAAUAUGAAAGUGAUACACAUAAUGAACAUGCUGAAGAUAGUAUAUAUCUUUUGAAUAAGAAAAGGAAAAUAAUACUUAUUACUGAAAAUUUAGUAAAUAAAGAUAAAAAUAUUAUUGAAGCAAUCGAAGAAGAAAUAAUAUUAAAUCUAACUAAUUUAAUUCAUAUAUAUACAUUAGGUUUUAAUUUUAUAAACAAUGAUUUAUCUAAUUAUAAAGAUAUAAAAAAUGAUAUAUUAAAAAAAAAAAAAUCUAUAGACAAAAGUAUUAAAAUGUUAUGUGAACAAGAUUAUUUUAGUACUAAGGUGAAAGAAAAAUGUCAAUCUUUUUUUUUCAAAGAUAAUAUUAUAAAUUUGAAUGAAUUAUUAGAAGAAAAUAUAUUAACAACUUAUUAUGAUCAAAAUGAUGUCGAAAGUUAUAAUGAUGAAAAUAAUAUAGAUAAUGAUCAAUAUAGUGAUGAUAUGGAUAUGUCUUAUGAUGAUAAUGAUGAAUAUAUAAAUUAUAUGGGAAAAAAAAAUAAAAAUAAAAAUAACAAACAAAAUAAACAUAACAAUAAUAAUAAUAAUAUGUAUAAAAGAAAAAGCACAAAUAUUCAAAAUAUAUUACAUUCAAAUGAUAAUAUGACAAAAAAUAACAAAAAUUUUAAUUCUAAUAAUUUUCACAGUGAAGAAGAAAAUUUUCAAUAUGAACAAAAUUUACAUAAUUUAUAUUAUUCAUCUGAUGCUUCUAUACAUGCAAAUGUUAUUAUACACUUAUGUUUACAUAUUAUAAAAGCUAAGGUCAACUCUAUUUAUUAUUAUGAUGAAGAUGUGGUUCUUCAUACACCUUCUUCAAGAUUGUUAUUAUUAUGUAUUGAUCAAAUUUAUAUAAUAUAUGAAAAUUAUAUAUAUCAUCUAUGUAAAAAAAGAUAUUUCUUUAAUUUUCUAUAUAACAUAUUCUUACAUAAAUAUAAAAAUGAUAAGAUAGAUGGCAAAAAGAAUAAAAAUAAUGAACACAAUAUAAAUGAUGACGGAUCUAAUUUAGAAAAUAGUAUUCCAAAUAAUAAUAUAAAAAUAGAAAUAAACGAAAAUGAUAAGUCAGAGAAAAAUGAUUUUAUUGAUAAUAAUAAAAAUAAGAACAAUAAAGAAAAUGAUAGUAAUAAUAAUAUAAAUUUAGAUGAUUUAAAAAAAUUACAUAAUUUAAAUAAUAAGAAAAUUGAUGCACUAAAAAAUAUCUUUAUAGAAUUAAAUUAUAUAUAUGAAAAUAUUUCAAUACUUAGAAAUGAUAUAAAUCAUGUACUUAUCUUUUUAAUUAGAUCUUGUAAUAACACUAUUUUAAGAUAUGGUACAUUUUUAAAUUUAAUGAAUAUAGCUCAAUUAGAAAAUAUACUUUUAUAUUCUAUUGAAGAUUUAAAUAAAUAUAAGACGUUAGAAUUAUUUUUAAAUAAAAUUAAUAACAAUGAUGAAAUAACAUCACAUAUGGAUAUACAUAUAAAAGAGGACAUGGAACAUUAUUUAGAUAAGGAUGAAGAAAUUAAUAAAUACAAAAAUGUGUGUAGAUAUAUAUAUAAAGAUGAUAAUAUUCUUUUUAAUUUUGUUACAGAAUUAUUUAAAUAUGUUGAAAAUAUGAAUAAUAAUAAUUAUAAUUUUGUUAAUUCAUUUUUGUCUAUAGAUAUUAGUGUAUUUUUUCCUAUUAAUACAUAUACAUAUAUUGCAGAUAUGUGUAAAAUAUAUAAUAAAGAUGUAUUAAGUAAGAAUGAAAAGAUUUUAGAAAUGCAAUAUAUGCAUAUGACAUUAAUUAUAGCUCAAUUUAUUUUGAAUUGUAACAAUAUCAAUAUAUUUAAUAGUUGUUUAGGUGUAUUAUUAUUAAUUCAUUUAAAUGUAAAGAAUAAAGGGUUAUCUUCUAUAGCUCUGAAUUUUCAUAAUAAAUUAAAAAAAUAUAAUAUUGAUGUGUUUUAUGAAGUUUUAUUAUGUGCAUUAAUUGGAUUAUAUACUGCUUAUAUUAAUAAUGCUCUAGAAGAGAAAGAUCUUCUAUUGUUUAGUACAUCCAUAGCUAACCGUUUAGGAGUAAAAAUUGUAGAAAAACAAAAAUUGCCUUUAUGUAAAUUUAUACAUUCAUGUGUAAAUUGUGCCUUAAAUUUAAAAAAUCAAAAUUCCUUCUUAAAAUAUAUAUUGCCAUAUGCACAAAAAUUGAGUCUUUCUGAAUAUCAGCUAAAUUAUUUAAAAAAGCAAAUUUUAAACUUAAUUGAAUCUUAUAACGUAGCUAACCAAUCUAACAUAAAAUAUGAAAAUAGUAUAUUUGAACAUAUGGUCCUUAUUAUAUGUAAAAAAAGAAAAUUGAAUGAUGAAUUUAAAGACAUCAAUUAUGAAAAUAGUUAUAUGAAUUUGAAUGAAAGUAUACAUAUGAACAUUAGCAAAAAUAUUAUUAAUCGAAAUAGGCAAUCUGAGGCAUCCACUAUUAUUAAAACAAGAAAAAGUGUAUUACAUGAGAAUAGGAAUAAGGAGAAUGACCAAACAAACAAAAUUAAUCAUAAUAAUAAUAAUAAUAAUAAUAAUGAUAAUAAUAAUGAUAAUGAUAAUAAUGAUAAUGAUAAUAAUGAUAUACGACGUGAUGAUUUAUCAGAUGAAGAUAAUAAUAUAGACAAGAACAAAUUAUCCAAUGCUGAAGAUAAUAUUAAUACCGAAAGUGAUGUCAAUGAAAAUAAUUAUAUAAAUAAUAAUGUGAAUCAUUAUAAAAUUAAGAAAGAAUUAAUACAUCAUGAAAAUGACAAUGGAGAAAGAGAAGAAAGGAACAAUGCUCAUAAAUCUAAAGAUAAGCAUAAAAAAAUGAAUAAGAAAAAUUAUGCAAAUGAAAACAAUCAUAGUAAUAAUAAUGACUUAUAUUCUGAGUUGGAUGAAAAAUCACAUUCAAACUCUACAUUGAGUGAUUUUGUUAGUUUAAAUGAUGAAGAUAAUAAAAAUAAGGACAAAGGAAAAUCUCAUUAUGAUAUAAAUUCUAGCCCUAAACCUGUAAGAUCCCAAAAAUAUACUAAUAGACAUGUUAUUCCAAAAUAUAAUUCACAACUAAAUAUGAAUGAUACUGAUAAUAAAUCAGAAGGUAUAAAUUCUAAGCGUUCGGUGGAUAUAUCUUUAAACAGUUCAUUAGGUAAUAUCAGUUAUAAAGAUGAUGAUGAUGAUAAUAUAUCUCUUAUAUCAGAUUUAAAAACAAAGAAUAAAUAUUUCACACAAAAUGAAGAUGAUUCAAAUUCUGAUAUAGUACCUGGAAUGUCACCUAUUAAAAAAAAUGAUGGAAAGAGAAGUGAACUAUCAACACCUAUAUCAUACGCCGAUGAUUUAAUGAACUUUUAA